ACGACGAUCCCAAAAGAGCAGUAGGCUCCUCACUAUGCACUAGUUUUUUUAUAUCCCUACCAUGAGUCGAAGGCGACGCCAGGAACACAUUCCAGAAGAACGUUAUGACAUUGAUGGAACACUGAUAAAAAAUGAAGCCGCGUUUAAAGCAAAAUCUUGGAAUCUAAGUAACAUUUUACGCGAUCCUGUAGCUAGAUCGCGUGCGAUUAAAGAGGCUCAAGAAUAUAUCAAAGCUAAUCGUGGCAAGCUGGAGCUUGAAAAAAGAACUUGGAGCGAAGAAACAGACGAAAUAUUCUUUUCUCGAAAACGAAAAGGACUGGCUGCUUGGAUGAUGCCUCGAGGAUCGCCCAUCUAUUUUGAGUUUGAAGCGUUUUAUCUUAAACUGAAGGAAAGUCUACAGGCGGACAAUCCAUCUUCUCUAUCGUCGUCGUCAAAGAAGUAUGAAAUGCUGCGACGUGAGGGCGAAUUGCUUCGACAUGCUUUGAUCUUGUUCCAGGAUUUUCAAAGAAAAAAGACGGCCCAAUUGAAAGAAAAACUUGCAGCCUAUAAAGCCGAGCUGCCAAUCACUGCAUACUCCAAUGCCAUACUGCGCACACUAGCAGAACAUCGAGUCUUGCUAGUUGCAGGCGAUACCGGAUGUGGUAAAAGUACCCAAGUGCCUCAAAUCCUAAUGCAAGCAGGAUAUCACAAAAUUGCAUGCACACAACCACGAAGAAUUGCAUGCUCGUCACUAGCAAGACGUGUCAGUUACGAAACAUUAAACGAAUUUGGAUCACAAAUUGCCUACCAGGUGCGAUUUGAAGGCACACAGACGAAACGCACGCGAAUCUUGUUUUUGACAGAAGGUCUACUGCUACGACAAUAUGCAAUGGAUCCCUUACUAUCCAUGUACGAUGUGAUUAUUGUCGACGAAGUGCACGAACGACACAUGAUGGGCGACUUUCUGCUUGCUUUGUUAAAACGAUUAUUGGCCGUACGACAAGACUUGCACGUCGUACUUAUGAGUGCUACCAUCAACGCUGAGCUUUUUGCUCAGUAUUUCGACGCACCAACACUCAACGUACCCGGUCGCAUGUACACAGUCAAGACACAUUAUUGGAAAGAAGGACAAGAUGACAAAAACUUGGUUAACGAUGCCGCAUAUCAUCGACGACAAACAGCCACUGUUAAAGAAUCUGUUCCAAGUCGGUCUGAGCGAAUCGAUGCUGGGCCGUAUUUGAAAGUACUAGAAUAUAUUGAUCAGUCUGUCCCUGUCGCCGAGCGCGGUGAUUUAUUGAUCUUUAUGUCUGGAAUCAACGAAAUAUCUACAUUGGCAGACGAGCUCAAACAAUAUGGUGAACACAGUAAAAAUUGGAUUAUCUUGAUGCUGCAUUCAACGCUGGCGGUGGAUGAGCAGGAUAAGGUAUUUGAUACCCCACCGGAAGGUGUUCGCAAGUGCAUCAUCAGCUCCAAUAUCGCCGAGACCAGUUUGACAAUUGAUGGGAUCCGCUUCGUGAUUGAUUCUGGCAAGGUCAAGGAACUAAGCCAUGAUGCAAAUUCGAAUAUGAGCAAACUGUCCGAGUUUUGGAUAUCAAAGGCAAGCGCUACACAGCGGGCUGGACGCAGUGGUCGGACGGGACCAGGCGAGUGCUUUCGUUUGUACUCGCAAAACGAGUUUGAACAUUUCAACGACUUUGCUGUGCCGGAAAUUCAACGUGCUCCCCUGGAACCGCUGUUGUUGCAGAUUAAAGCCUUUGAACUGGGCGAUCCACGAGUAUUUGAUUAUGUUGAGGCCCCAUCUAUCGACGCUGUUAAUGCAUCCAUGAAUUUUCUCCAAAAUUUGGGUGCUGUAGAUAGCACUGAGAGAAUUUUGGGGUUAGGAACUGUGCUAGCAAACCUUCCAGUGGACGCUAUCAUUGGCAAGAUGCUGUUAAUGGCAACGGUCUUUAACCUCGUAGAUCCAAUUAUUACUAUCGCGGCUAGCAUGAGCGUACAAUCUCCCUUUACACGUUUAUCACCUGACGUCCACUCCGAUAUACUUCGGAAUCGAAGAAAACUAGAUUCGGAACACGGAGACCCGAUUACACUGGUGAAUCUUUGGCAACAGUGGCUCAAUGCUAAAAGUGACCGUAAGACAUCUUCAAGAAACUGGUGUCGAAGACAUGGCAUUGAAGAGCAUCGCUUGUAUGAGAUUGCAAAAAUGAGGCGCCAGUUCGAGAAGGUCUUGAACGAUUUUCAGCCUGGUCUUCUGCAGCAUCUUAAAGAGCAAGAGAAUUCUGAAGAAGAAAGAGAGCAACGAUCUAGAAAACGCGAUCAGCUGAAACGAGAGAAAUACGAAGAACGAUCAAGCAAACGUCGACGCAUACUUACAAUGGAAUAUGAAGAACAAGAAGAUUGGCAAGCGGAGGGACACAAUACCUCGGAUAUACGAGACCUGGAAUUUACGAUGGCAAAUAAUGUUAAAAAUCUGAUGUCAAGAGCGGCCACGCUGAGCAAACGUGAUAUUAAUUUGAUUAAGCUCAUAAUCUGCUCGGCAUUAUAUCCUCAACUUGCAAUUGGCGACGAGCACAACCCUUACCGCAAAAGCAAUGAAAUUGUCUUUCAUACGCCAGUCAAGAAGUUUAUAUCAAUCCAUCCAACUAGUGUAAUUUCCGCACACCCAGACUGGGUACAGGGAAUUGGUGACAAUGUACGAAAAGAUGAUCUUGCUGUGGAGCAAUCAAUGCAGCACCAACUCCUAUGUUACUUACAGUUGUUGGAAACCAAUAAGCCGUAUCUACUGGGUUUAACCAGAGUUCCUGGUAUUCAUACUCUUCUUUUAUUUUCAAAAACAAUCGACACAAACGCAGACUGCAGCGUGCUUGUAUUUGACACAUACUACAUGGCCAAAUUUAGGACAACUGCUGUGGCCGAACAUGUGCUUUAUUUAGCGUACAAACUACGAGAAACGUGGCUCUACUUAUUGAACCGACGAAUCAGUCGUGGUUUGGGGGAGCAAGUACCUGAAAGCGAUAUUGAGGAGAUUAUUAUCACCCCAUCAGCCCGUGAAGAUAUGCCAAAGACCAUUAAAAAGAUCAUAGUGGAGCAAGAGAAAUCAAAAUGCAAGGGAAAAAGCAAAGUCGAUAUGUGGACACCGGCAGUAGAGUCUGCGUUUCAAGCACAAGUGGAUUCACUGGCAGAUCAACUAGCAAUUGCCAUGGAAACAGCCAUAUCGGCUGAUUUUAGAGUAGCUAAACCUUCUGAACUCAUUAACAUGUAUCCAAAGUAUACAAAGCCGACUGAAAAGACCGAGUCCAACUUACCAAGGGCAUGGAAUUCACGGGAUGUUAUCCGUGAAGGCAUACGUAUCACGCCAAAUCUAUACUAUAACACUCUGGAUGCACCUUCAUGCGCCUCCAGCGUUCCAGUAGAAGAAGAGGCUAUUCCAGCAAAUAUCAAAAUGUAUUGGCACUGCCCUCACUGCGAUUCGACCUUUUCUUUUACCCAUAAUGAUAUACUCAAUCAUCUUCCAAAUUGUCAUAGCCCAUCCUAGUUCAGCAACACACUCUCUCCAACUCUCGACUCCUACUACUACAUGUGUCUAAAACUUACAGCAUCUAUACAUCAUAUUAGACAGAAGUAUAAUCAUAAG